AUGUUUUCGGUUAAAUUUUCAAACUACAGUGGACCGAUUUUCGUACUUGUCAAUAAUCUAGUCACAGUUUCAUCGAUGAUGUGGAUUUUUAUAAAACGAGAUGCAAUUUUGAAAAUUUUGAUUAAAUUAAAUGAAAUUGAUGAGAUUAUAGAUCAAUAUGGGAUAUUUUUUGACUAUAAAAAGCAAAAGAUGGAGUUGCUGAUUUAUAUUGGAAUUUCGGAAGUUAUUACUGUUGUAAUGGGAAUCAUCAGCUCAUUAUUUUUUAUUUAUCAAUAUGAAUUGAUUGAUUUUCGAUUUAUGACUUUGAUCUUUAACAUGAUAUUAUACAGCAUUAUAAUCAUAUUAGUCCUACACUACAUCACAUUUAUGUGCAAUAUUGGAACCAGAUUUGAAUUGUUAAACUUGUGCAUUGAAAAAUCUAUCGAAAAAGUACCAAAAAUGCAUUUAAAAAUUAUUGAAUGUGUCAAAAUCUACAACACAGUGUAUGGAACUCCAAUGCUUGGAACUUUUACCAAUUUCUUCGUCUGGUGCUGUAUGGGUGCAUCCACUCUUGUAGUUGUUCCAAAAACCAGCACUUUGGCAAUUGUUUUCUUGAUUCCUGGUGUUAUGUCUACAAUGUUGUUUACAUUCUUGAUCAUCAAAGCAGCACAGAAGAUUACAACUGCGAAACAAAAUUCAAUUGAAAUUUUAUAUGCAAAGUUGGUUAAGCAGCCUGAAAAGUAUGACAAAAUUUGCAUCUCAUGUGGAGGAGGCAACCAACAAAUUUGCUGGUUCUAUCAAUCGCAAUUUGAUCAAUCCCUCAGAACCUACUCAAGAGUGACAAACAGCUGGGCUGAACAUAUCAUCAAUUUAAUGCAAACUUAUUCAGCCCAAAAUCCAUUUGAACAGCCAGAUAUUCUUAGCACUGCACUUAGUGGAAUUGUCUCCGGAAAUACUGAAAUGUUUACCACAUAUUUGAAUAAUUUUGCGAAAGAAAUCGCUGCUUUAACGGAAACUGAUGUUGCUAUUGUUACAGAGGCUUAUAAAAGCGCUCAAUUUGGAUCACCAUUCCCACUUUCUUGCAUACCAAAUCUUGCAGAAGCUGGAAAUGUUUAUAAUAAUGCUUUGGGAAAAGUUGAUGACGAGAAAUCAGCAAUUGAAAGAACAAGUCAUGGUCUUGAUGGAUAAAUUGUUGGAACAUAAAAAAAUUGAAUACUGAAGUAAAGUGCUGUAAAUAAUUUAAAGGCAGAUUUUAUUCAUUUUUUUAUAUUCUGUUGAUUUUUUUCAUAACAAUAAAUUAAAUUUUUUUAUUACAGAAAAAAUUAAGUUGAAUUUUUAUUUGCCAUAAUGAUUCUCAUUUUGUAUUAUUUAUUCCGAUUAUGAUUAAGCUUUAACCAGGUGCCUUUGCUGGUCGAAUAGGUAACGCGCUUGACACAAAUUUGGGAUGGUAACACGAAGGUCGUCGGUUCGAAUCCAGCCAUUUCCAAAUUUGUUCUUUUUCGAAAGUUUAGAUACUUCGACUGCUUAAUGUACGAGAUCAAUUUAGGCAAUGUCGGAUUAAGGAACGGGUCAGGAACUUGAAAUGUAGCGAGAGAAAUAGGAACGAGAGCUUAUAAGCUUACCCACGAAUCGAAUAUUUUUAGAACGGAACUGAUCACGUCACACCCACAGAAGAUCGAAACGAGAGCCUUAUUAUUUGAAACCCAGAUUCAAAGAUUGGAAGUUUUGAUGCUACAUAAUAUUAAUUCAUAUGUAUAUGAACACAAAAGGUGUAAAAUGUGAAUUAUUACCGGACAGUUUGA